GAAGUCCAUCAGUAAGACUGUCCAUGUAGGAGGAGAUUUGAUUGUCAGCUGUAAAUACCCAGAAUCCCUCAGGAGUGACCCCAAGUUUCUCUGCAAGACGAGGCUGCAACAUGCUGCUUGUUCUUAUAAAGCAUCUGUUAAAGAAAGUAGAAAAUAUGUAAAUGAGGGGAAAUUCUCCUUGUAUGAUGACGGAGAAACACAAAUGUUGACUGUGAGUAUUAGAAGUGUAACUGAGCAGGACUCUGGUGAAUACUGGUGUGGAGCUGAAGCAGCCUGGACAUCUGAUCAUGGAUACAGGGUUUAUUUCACACAGAUCGACCUGACAGUUACUGAUCCACGUGUCCCUGUUUCAGCAUCAGUGCCAACAAUAUAUUCAUCAUCUUUACCAACAUCAUCAUCUUCAUCAUCAUCAUCAUCAUCAAUGUCUACGCCAACUUCUCUUGAAGGAGGAUUUCCAGCUUUCACUGUGAUCACUGUGUCUGUAAUUCUGCUGCUGCUUCUGACUGGAGUCAUAUUCCUCAUUGUGAUUCUACAUAAGAGACGCAGGACGCAAAGCCCAGGAACAAUGACUCCAACUUACAGAGAGACAAAUGGGGAUUAUGAAAAUGACCCAAAUGUGCUUCAUUUCCAGUCAAGACAAAUGACCAAGCAAUCAGAUUCGGUCUAUAAAAGUCUGAACCCCAACACCAACCAAUCAGAUUCGGUCUACCAAAAUCUGAACCCCAACACCAACCAAUCAGAUCCGGUCUACGAAAGUCUGAACCCCAACACCAGCCAAUCAGAUUCAGUCUACCAAAGUCUGAACCCCAACACCAACCAAUCAGAUUCGGUCUACCAAAGUCCGAACCCCAACACCAACCAAUCAGAUUCAGUCUAUCAAAGUCUGAACCCCAACACCAACCAAUCAGAUUCAGUCUACCAAAGUUUGAACCCCAACAGCAACCAAUCAGAUUCGGUCUACCAAACUCUGAACCCCAACACCAACCAGUCAGAUUCGGUCUACCAAAGUCUGAACCCCAACACCAACCGAUCAGAUUCAGUCUAUCAAUGUCUGAACCCCAACACCAACCAAUCAGAUUCGGUUUACCAAAUUCUGAACCCCAACACCAACCAAUCAGAUUCAGUCUACCAAAGUCUGAACCCCAACACCAACCAAUCAGAUUCGGUCUACCAAAGUCUGAACCCCAACACCAACCAAUCAGAUUCAGUCUAUCAAAGUCUGAACCCCAACACCAACCAAUCAGAUUCGGUCUACCACAGUCUGAACCCCAACACCAACCAAUCAGAUUCAGUCUACCAAAGUCUGAACCCCAACACCAACCAAUCAGAUUCAGUCUACCACAGUCUGAACCCCAACACCAACCAAUCAGAUUCAGUCUACCAAAGUCUGAACCCUAACACCAACCAAUCAGAUUCAGUCUAUCAAAGUCUGAAUCCCAACACCAACCAAUCAGAUUCAGUCUACCAAAGUCUCAAGUGUUAAACUGACCAGUUGGACACAGUUGGAGUCAGAAAUUGCCCUCUAACCAAUGAGAUUGUUGCUGCCAGAUUCUCUAUUAAACUGGACUGGCCUCUCAUUUGAAAAUUAUUCUAGUUUCAAACUAAAUUGUGGAAUAACCUGUCAAGAUCAGAUAAUGUAAAUGAAUAGUUUUUCAAAAAGCCAGUUUAUCGCUGUUCAGAAGUUUGCUAUAUGCUUGGAAACCAGCACAUGGAAGUGCUGAGAGUCUUCAUCCUCAUCCUGAAAUGUGGUCAAAUAAAGUGUAUAAAAGAUGCCAUUUCAUAUGUUAGAUAUCAUGUGUUCUGUGAUUAACUGAUGCUGAAAGUUUGUGGUUGUGAGUUUGUUUUGAGAGUCAGGAUUUGAGUUGUUCACAAAAUUACACACACUUCCUUCAAGUUACAUUUCUGAUGUGUAAUGAUUUUCAUAACCUCCAUGACACAGGGUUAGAGGUUAGUUAGAAGUUUUAGCUCAAUAGCCACGCUCAACAAUCAACAGUGAACGUUUAUUAUUAUUUAUUGUUAUUUUUAAUCAUGAAUCAUCGUUUAUCAUUCCCUACUUUAAUCACUUUUAAUCAUUUUAUAUAAUAAUUUUCCAUAUUAAUGCUGUAAUGAUGCAUUUGCCUCCUAAUGUUUUUGGAACUUUGGGUUGAGUAAGCUUAGCCACACACUGAUUUUUACUGAUUUACUUAUUUACUUAUAAUAACUGUGUUUGUUAUGUGUUGCUCAGCAGAUUAUCAUUUCUAGACAUGGGUGUGUUUGUAAGUGUUAGUGGAUGCUGCUGAUUUGGAUGAUGAGACCAUGAAAGGGUCAUGUCUUAGUAUUUGCCUAUUAUUAUAUAUUUGUCUUAGUACUUCAAUUAAAUCCAUCUCCUCUAACUCUAGGUUUUAUGUCUUCAGACUAAAAAGGCGGAGAUCAUCCAAUUCCUUAACUUUCCACUCACAAAAAUAUAUUUUGAUAUUUAAAAUUGUAAUUAAAUUCAAGUUGGCACUAUAUACACUUUAUAUGUCGACUUGUUUUUGAGUUAUUAUUAGUUAUUUUAAUUAAACACAUUAAAUUCAUGUGACCAGUCAAACAGGUUAAUAACUAUAAGAAAAUCAAUAAUACAUACAAACUUAUGUAAUGGUGAUAACUUAGAUAAUGCUGGCUUCUUGGUUGUGUUAUUCACUAAUGUGACUAAAAUUACUUCUAAUAUCUGUUGUGAGUUGUAAACAUGUCUAUAUGUAUUUACUUUUGUAUAUGCUCAA